ACAGGACAUGAUCGUAUUGUUUUGAAGCAUCUGAGCGGAGGGCAAGGGUCCAUGGUCAAGUCAACAAAUUGUAGGACUUUGUUGAACGGUUUAUACUCUGUUCUUUUUUUAUUAUAUUCUAGUUAGUUAUGUUCUAGUAUGAUUGACUGUCAUUGGACGUUCCAGUGCCUAUUAAAUCUUCAUGACAUGCUGUAUUAUAGAUACAUUGACCGCUGUAGUAAUUCAAUGCCCUCUGGUCUAAGCACAUGCUUAUGUUCAAGAAGAUGCACCUCUCAAGGCAUGAUCUUGGCAUGAUUCACACACAGUGAUCAUUUAUCACCUGCUAAGAAGUCUUCGCCCCGUCUGAAUGCUCCAGGCUUUACCUCGGCUGUGCAGAGCCAUGGAGAGGAUUCGUCGCGUGGGAGCUCACCUCAGCAGCAUGGCUCAAAACGGCAGCACCGAGAACGGAAAAGCCGUCACCGCCGCCAUCAUCAUCGUCGGCGAUGAGAUUCUCAAGGGUCACACGGCAGACACGAACAGCACUUUCCUGUGCCGCGGCCUGCGCAAGCUGGGAGUCAGUGUGCAGCGCAUUUCGGUGGUGCCUGAUGUGCAGGAGGUCAUCGCUAAGGAAGUGGCCGCGCUCUCACCAACGGUAACACACCUGAUCACGGCGGGUGGCAUCGGGCCCACGCACGACGACGUAACCUUCGAAGCGGUGGCCCUGGCAUUCGAUGAGAGUCUGCAUGCCCACCCAGACCUCACACGCCUUCUCGAGCAGUUCUUCGGUACUGUCGAUUCUACCAGUGCCACAAUGAAACUUGCCAUGGUGCCCUCUUCUGCAAGGCUGAACUACGGCCGCGAUCCUCAGAGCGGCGAACCUCUGCGCUUCCCACUCGUCAGCGUGCGCAACGUCUACAUGUUCCCUGGCAUUCCUACACUCCUGGAGCGAGCAUUCAAUGGCCUGGAACACCUGUUUGCCAGCCCGGGGACUGCUUUCCACACGCGUGAGGUGUUCGUGGAUGCUGACGAAAGAGAAAUCGCGCCCAUCCUGACGAGGCUGCAGUCAGAAUGGGGAAAGCAGAUCGCGCUCGGAUCGUAUCCCGACUGGCUGAGUAACUACUUCCGUGUGAGGCUGGUGCUAGACUCGGAUAGUGCCAACAAGGUGGAGAGGGCACAGGCCCAGCUAGAGGAGGAGCUGCCUAAAGGGAGUGUGGUGCCGCUGGUCAGCGAUCCGGUAGCCGUUGCUCCUCAUGAGGUCUAUUUACUCGCCUUGAAUGGCUCACCCCUUGGGGAGAAAGUAGCUGCAGCUCUGAGGACGAUUGAGAAGGCACUGGAUCAUUACCGACUGAAUGAGAUCUGCAUCGGCUUCAACGGUGGCAAAGACUGCACGGUGCUGCUGCAUCUUUUCUAUGCUGCCCUUAAACGCCGCUAUCCAGACAGCAAAGACAAGGUGAAAGCACUGUACAUCCGAAUCGUCUCCCCAUUCCCAGAGAUGGAAAAAUUUCUACAGGACACGAUAAAAAGAUACGAACUGGACCUGUUAGCUGUGGAGGGAAACAUUCGUCAGGCUCUUAUUGAUGUGCAGGAGAAGAGACCUGAGCUCCGUGCUGUUCUCAUGGGCACCAGACGCACUGAUCCAUACUCGCACACCCUCACCGCCCUCUGCCCCACAGACCCAGACUGGCCUCCCUAUAUGAGAGUCAACCCAUUACUGGAUUGGACAUAUCAUGACAUCUGGAUGUUCCUGAGGACCCUUUAUGUCCCAUACUGCAUUCUAUAUGACAAAGGUUACACUUCACUGGGGAGCAUGGAUAACACUUUUAGGAACCUUUCUCUCCAAGAGGUGGAUGACAGGGGUGUAACACAUUAUAGACCUGCUUAUCAGCUGGAGAAAGAAGAAGAGGAGCGCAGCUCGAGGACAUGAUGUCAUACAAGUGUAGGUUCGGAUGCUCACAAUGAGGGAUUGAGAAGGCAGGGAGAAACUGGAAAACAUACAUCUAUGAAUCUUCAGUAACCGUCCUGCCCAGGGUCAGUCACAGUGGCUCCUGAGCCAAUCAUAGCAACACUGGGUGAAUAUUUCCCCCGAAUGGGAUGCUAUGAUGCCAUGACAUGUAUGAGAUAUAAUCUGCAUAUUAAAAGUGCUUGUCCUUUUAAUACUUGACUGAAUUUUGUGCUUGUGUUUCCAUUAAAAUGGAAAGUGACCAAAAAACUGAACGGCUAAAUAAACAUUUUAACAGUA